CAUACAAUUCCCAUUAUAGAAAUUUAGAACUCAAAACAGAAAGUGGUGACACAGCGAGAGAAACCAAUAUAUAAUCCCUAAUUCCCCAAUUCACACCACCGAAAAAUCUCUCCCCUAAAGUGAUUUUCUCUCUCUAGAUUUGUGUUGUUUCAGAAGAUGUUAGCCGAAGCAGAUAUAUUUUGUCAACCGAACAUGUCUCUUCUCGAUGUUCAGUACCUUUGCGUCUCUGAAGCGGUCAGUCUCAACAUGAAGGAGGACUGCUUGGAAGUCUCUACGCCGUCACGGUCUCCGAAUUUCUGCAAUCUUCGCGCCUCGGAGUCGCUGCCGAUCGAAAUUUCACGCUCUGGGUCGGUUGUCAACUGCUCAAGUAGUAUCAAAACUACCCUUAUUGAGUCUUCCACCACAAAGUUUGUUCCAAGCAUUCGUUCAGGCAGCUACGUGGACAUUGGACCCCGGGAAAAAAUGGAAGAUGAACACAUUCGGAUUGAUGAUCUCUCUGCCCAUUUGGGCUCUAUCUUCAGGUGCCCUUCGGCAAGUGCUUUUUAUGCUGUAUUUGAUGGACAUGGAGGCCCUGAAGCAGCAGCUUAUGUCAAGAACAAUGCUAUGAGAUUAUUCUUUGAAGAUGCCUAUUUGCCACAAACAUCUGAUAUUGACGAUGCUUUCUUGGAAGAGUUGGAGAAUUCUCAUCGCAGAGCAUUUUUAUUGGCUGACCAAGCCUUGGCUGUUGAACAUAGUGUUGCCACCACUUGUGGAACAACAGCAUUGACUGCUCUAGUACUUGGCAGGCAUCUGAUGAUAGCCAAUGCUGGUGAUUGUCGGGCAGUUCUCUGCAGGAAAGGAGUAGCAGUACAGAUGUCUCAAGAUCACAGGCCUAAUUCUGUAGCAGAACGCAAGAGGGUUGAGGAUCUUGGUGGUUACAUUAAGUAUGGCUUCCUUAAUGGUGAACUUGCAGUCACCCGAGCCCUUGGAGACUGGCACAUGAAGUACCCCCGUGGCUCCUCAUCGCCCCUCAUUGCAGAGCCAGAUGUUCAACAGGUUGAGUUAACAGAAGAUGAUGAGUUCUUGAUUAUUGGUUGUGAUGGGAUCUGGGAUGUGAUGUCAAACGAGGAAGCAGUGAGCCUUGUUCGCCGUGAGCUAAGGCUGCAUGAUGACCUGCAGCGGUGUGCCAGAGAACUAGUGAACCAAGCAUUACGCCUUUAUACGGAAGACAAUCUCACUGCAGUAGUUGUGUGCUUUACUCCCCCUGACCGGAGAGAUCCACUUCCUCCUCGCCGGCAAAGGUUGAAGUGCUGCAGCUUGUCUGAGGCGGCCCGGAAUAGGUUGAGGAGCUUGCUAGAAAACAACUGAAUGCAUAUGCAGAUUAUUUCCUUGCCAAAAAAAAUUAAAGGCAAGAAUGUGAAUACCCAAUUAUUUACAGAUUAUUUCCUUGCCAAAUAAUCUGGAAAUCAGAGUGUAAAAACAAAUAAUCCCAUUGUUUGUUAAAGCUGCCAUCAGUUUUGUAGGAAUAGAGGGUGAAGACUUGUCUGUACUCUGUAUCGUAUUAUAUAUUAGCUUUAUAUUAAUAAAAGUUAAGAAUUUGACAGUAAUGCUUCA